GGAGUAAAAAAAACUUAAAGGAAUUGAACUUUGAAGAGAGAGUUCAAGAGGGCGUGAAACUGUUGAGAGGUAAACGGGUGGGGUCCGGGCAGUCUGCCCGGGGGAUUCAACUCGGCGGGUUAGGGACGGCCGCUCGGUGUGUGGGGAUCACCUUGUGGGACCCCUCCCAGGCGCAGGCUAACCACCACUCGACAUCAUCACACCAACCCUAGCCCCGGAAAUCCAAAUGCUAACAAUAAAACAAAAGUCGGAGGUUCAAACUGCAUCAGGGAGAGUUACGUACACCCUGGGCUGGAUUCAGGUUUCGUGUACUGAAUUGAAACAUGUCAAUAUUGGGGCCUGCACCACAGCAGCUGGCAGGGGCAUCAGGGCACGCACCACCACCACCACAGCAGUUGGCAGGGGGGCCAGGGACUCCACCACCACCACAGCAGCGGCAGUCAAAGGGGCAAGGGCCUACACCCCAGGGGGCCAGUGUCCCGGCUGUUCCCAGCGGAAAAAGGACCUGCAAUUUGAAGCACUCGACAGUUGAGGUGGAGGUGAAAGAGCAGGGGCGGGAGGAGGAGGAAGAGCCCCUGCGGGUAGAGGAGGAGGAGGCCACGCAUGCAGUGCAUGCCUCCGAGGAGAAGGAGAGCUGGAGCGAGAAGGAGGGCCAGAGCGGGGGCGUAAGGGAGGCCAUUGAAAAUAUCAUGGCCGAGCAAGCCUUUAAGGGCCAAAGCCCCGAGAGGCUGCCAUCACCAAGCAAAGGCCCAGAGAGGCUGGCGUCAGCAGUCCAAAGCUCAGAGAGGCUGGAAUGGGGGCCAAAAGCCCCAAGAGGAGGGCAAGGGAAGGCCUAA